AUGGGUAGGGGUAUAAUAAUCUUUGACGGCAUGCACAUAACUCUUGUUGUUGAUAGUAUAAACGGUUUUCCUUCAGAGUCCAGGGUUACUGUGGCUAAACGCAGGGUUAUUCCGCCUCAUUCUGUGGCCCAUGUAAUAUGUAAUAUGGACACAGAACUUACUGAUUAUGUCAUUGAGCCGUUGGACCAGUCUAAGGUAUGGAAGCCUAGGGUGGUCAGGGAAGGGGUCACUGAUCCAGUAGUUUGUGUUGUUAACCCCACUGAUAGGUAUAAGUUAAUUUCAAAGGGAUCUGAGAUAGGGAGAGCUUAUCCAGUGUCCGAAAUUAUUGAAGUGGGGGAGGAGGAUGAGGAGUAUAAUAUAAAUCAACUUUCUGAUUUGGGUUGGCAACAGGACAUUGUUCCUAGGCCGGAGAGUGAUAGUGCUCUCGCGCCCCACCUUCAGCAAGUAUACUCCGAUUCCUGUGAACAUUUGAAUGAGGAGCAACAUCGGCAGUUGGCUCAGUUGCUUAUUGAGUACCAAGAUGUGUUUGCUCAAGAUGAAUUUGAUCUUGGUAAUUUUACUGUAAUGGAACAUGUUAUUGAAACGGGUAAUGCCGAACCAGUUAAGCAACGCAUGAGGCGCACGCCUGUGUGUUUUGCUGGUGAGGAAGAGGCCCAUCUCAAUAAAAUGUUAAAGGCAGGGGUCAUCCAGGAGUCAAUAUCUGACUGA